AUGGAGUACAGAGGGGCUAUGCAGAGACGCGCAACUGUGCUUCCUCUGUUCGCCAAUAAAGGCACUUCUUACUGGGUGAAGGGCACGCUGCAGGUGAGAGUGAUGACUUACACAGACAUUGUUGCAUCACCACAUGGGGCACAGUUGACAAACAUGCUCUUCAUGGACAGAGGUAGCAGUGUGAUGGAGUUCUUUCCGAAAGGAUGGUUGGAGCUCGCAGGCAUAGGUCAGUAUGCUCAUCGCUGGAUGGCGGACCAAUCCGUAAAGACACAUGCAGGUGCGUGGUGGGAUACAAUUGGCGAUGAGUGCCCAGACCCGAAAGACAAUCUGCAGUGCUUUUUGUUUCACAAAGAUGGCAAGGUCGGUCACAAUGCAACCUUCUUUGCAGAAUGGGCCAGAAAGGUCCUCCACCAAAUGAGGAUAAGCAAGCUGGAACAAACGUCCAAAGAUUUUCUAGAUGAGCCGCGGCUUAACUCAAAUCCUUGUAUGUGUUAG